CCGCCAACUCCCUGUGGCUGGGUCAGUCUGUUUGUCUGAAUGGUCAAAAGUUUCAACUCAUCUACUUUUCCUGAUUGACUACAGAGAAAUUCUGCCCAAAUCAAAAUUGGAAACAACAGCAGCAAAGUUCUUUCCUCAAAACAAAAACUCCUAAUGCCCAUGCACUCUUCUUCUUCUUCUUCUACUCUUUCCCGGCGCCAGAGGCCUAAGAGCAACGACAAUGGCAAGUCUAUGUCGAUAGAAGAAGAAGUGAAGCUUGCCGCUCUCGCCAUCAGCCUCAACGUGCGACUCAGAUCAGCUGACAUGCCUUUCACCAUGCAAGAACACGCCCUUCGUUACACCAGAACUCUCCUCCUCCACCCCUCCCCUCACCGUCCUAACCCCACCCUCCUUGCUCGCUUCCUCAAAAAGGAGUUUGAUUCGGUAUACGGACCAGCGUGGCACUGUGUGGUGGGAAAGAGUUUCGGAUCGUUUGUGACUCACUCACCCGGUGGGUUUGUGUAUUUUUCACUGGAAUCGCUAUCCUUCCUUCUUUUCAAGACAGAGGUUCAGUUGAUCAAGGAAUCAGUACCAACACCUGCUGCCCGCUGAUUCAUUUUCUGCUAGCUGCUGUCGGCGGUUAGUUGCGCAACAACAGUCAGAUAUACUAGCUGCGUAGUUUCUUUUGGAGCUUUUUUUACAAAGCCAUUAAUGUACAUGAGAUAACAUUGACAUUUCUCUAAGAAAAAAGUACAUGUAGCACACUGUUCUUACUUUUUUUUUUGAAAUGAACACUGUUCUUACUUUGUUUCUCUCUCUUUAAUUCUAGAGCAGUCUAGACUCCAUGGUGAAUGGAAACUUCAGUUUUUCCACAUGUUGUUUAUUUUGCUUUUUAAGAGUCCAAAGUCACUCGUCCUCAUAUUGUUAUGAUGACUCCAUCGAUUUAUC